CCAUCCUUUCGAGUGCUGCAGGUGGUCUGGAUGCCCCGCACACAGGGAGACAGUUCAAGGUCUUCUUCGGCUUUGCCUUGCUGCUGGGUGAAACAGGAGCCACAAGAUCAGGACAACUCAGUGCUUUGGGGUGAUCACCUUUGGAUGACGUUCACACUGGUGGUGUCCUACCUGGACAUGAUACAGCACCUCUGUCCUCCAGAGCUGGCUCUUGCGCAGAGAGGAGGGAUGGAGGCAGAGGAAGGAGGGAGGGUGGGGGAGUGGAAAAAACUUGGGAGUUUCCCACAAUGCGCCUCUGCAGACCUGCAGGAAGAUGGAGAGCAGGGGAGGAGGGCAGAGAGUGCUCCAAUCCGGAGGGGAGGGCUGGGACCGCGGAGGGGAACUGGAUGCCAAGGUGAUUUUCCAUAUCCCACAAUGGCAGGAGAAGAAAGCACCAUCCUGUUAGAAGCACUGGCAAGUCUCACACUCGAAGACUUCCAAGCAUUCAAGAAGAAGCUGCCACAGGAUGAUAUCAAAGGAGGAUGGAACAUCCGCAGGGAUGAGCUGGAGAAGGUCACCCAUCCUUCCACUCUCAUCAGUUAUAUGGGCGACAGCUAUGGGGAAGGCGCUGCUAUGGACAUUGCCAUCAGGCUGUUUGAGGAGAUGAACCAGAGGGACCUUGCUGAAAAAGUCCUUGAUGAGAAGGUGAAAGAAUACAAGCAGAAAUACAGAGAGCACGUGGCCAGAGAGUUCCUGCAGUACAAAGAGGUGAACUGCUGCCUAGGGGAGAACUUGUCCGUGAGCGACCACUACACCAACCUGACCAUAGCCAGGAAGUCUUGGAAUCAGCAUGGAGAUGAGCCUGGAGAUGUCAGCUCUGACGCUGUCACCACACAAACACUCUUUGAACCCAGCAAAGACAGCCAGGUGCCGCGGGUCACGGUGCUGGUGGGUGCCAGUGGCAUGGGGAAGACGAUGACCAUCAGGAAGGUGAUGAUGGAGUGGGUGGAAGGGACUCUCUGCACACAGUUUGACUACGUCUUCUGCAUAGACUGCAAGGAGCUUUCCUGUUCCAAAGCUGUGAGCGUGGUGGACCUGAUCUCAAACUGCUGCCCUCAACAGCGAACGCCGGCUGGAAGGAUUCUGAGUAACCCGGAGAAGAUCCUGUUUAUCUUUGAUAGCUUUGAGGCCCUGGGAUUGCCCUUGGCUCAGCCCAAGGACCAGCUGAGCACUGACCCCACAGAAGCCAAACCACUGCAAACCACCCUGCUGAGCUUGCUCAAGAGAACCAUCCUCCCUGAGUCCUCUGUGCUCAUUGCCAUGAGACCCACAGCUCUGCAGAGCCUGGGGCAGUGCCUGGAGGGUGAGCAUUAUGUGGAAAUCCAGGGGUUUUCACCAGCUGCACGGGAGGAGUAUUUCCACAGGUAUUUUGGGAAUGGCAGUAAAGCAGAUUUGGCCUUCAGGUUUACCAGGGGAAACGCGGUCCUCUACAGCUUGUGUGUCAUCCCUGUCAUGAGCUGGACUGUCUGCACCAUCCUUAAGCAAGAGCUGGACAAGAAGGAUCAGCUUCUUGCGUGCUCUAAGACCACCACACAGAUGAUCAUGUUCUACCUCUCCUGGUUAAUGAAGCACAGAGACAGCAAUGCCUGGCAGAACCUGCAGCAGUUCCUGCACAAGCUUUGCACCUUGGCUGCCGACGGCAUCUGGAAGCACAAGGUCCUCUUUGAGGAGAAGGAAAUCAAGGACCAAGGCUUGAAUCAGCCAGAGCUUCUCUCCCUCUUCCUCAAUGAGAAAGGUUUGGAGAAAGGCACAGACCAUGGGAACGUCUACAGCUUCAGCCACCUGCACCUCCAGGAGUUCUUUGCAGCCAUGUUUUACGUCCUGGAGGAUCGGGAGGAGGUGGUCGAUGACUCACGGCUCCUUGCAAAGGAUGUGAAUGUGUUGUUAGAAACCUACCACAUGUCUAGGAUGGAUCUGAACAUGACAGUGCAGCUCCUGUUUGGUCUGGUGAACCCCAAGUCAAUAGAGUACGCAGAUAAAGGGAUCGGGUGCAGGAUUUCAUCACGACCUCGGGGAGAUCUGCUGAGGUGGCUUCAGACAAGGCACAGAGAUCUCUGCCAUCGCCAUGAAGCGACGGUGGUGGAGGAUUUGGACACUUUCCACUUUUUAUUCGAGAUCAAUGAGCGAAGCUUUGUGCAGAGCGUGCUGGGCAGUUUCACAGGCAUAGCCUUGCAGGGUGCCAAGCUGACGCUGUAUGACCAGGCGGCUCUUUGCUUCUGCAUCAAGCAGUGGGUUGGGCUGCUCAGUGUCACCCUCCGGAGCUGCUCCUUCCACCAGCAGCAUCGCAGGCAGGAGCCAGCCAAGGGUUUGCACUGGCAGAGCUGGCAGCAGGAGGAGCUGUGCUCACCUCUGCGCCCGCUGUGCCAGGCACUGUGGUACCCAGGCAGCUCACUCCAGAGCCUCAGGCUGCAGUGGUGCGGACUGACAGAGGGUGAUAUUGAAGCACUGGGGACACUGCUGGCCACACUCCCCAGCCUGGUCCACUUGGAGCUGGGUGACAGAGCUCUGGGUGAUGAUGGUGUGAGGAUGCUCUGCACCGGGCUGCGCCAGCCCGGCUGCCACCUGCGUGUCCUGCGGCUGCGGUACACCCACCUCACCAGUGGGUGCUGCCAGGACCUCGCCGUGGCACUGGGCACCAGCAGGUGCCUGGAGGAGCUGGACCUGUCCUUCAGCUCCGGGCUGCGGGAUGAUGGUGUGAAGCUGCUGUGUGAGGGGCUCCAGCACUGUGGAUACCAACUGCAAACACUACGGCUGGGGAGCUGCAGCCUGACCGGCGCCUGCUGCCAGGCCCUGGUUACGUGGCUUGGGCACAACCACAGCCUGAAGUGCCUGGACCUGAGUGACACCGAGCUGGGAGCCGGGGCCACGAUGCUGCUGCAGCAACUCCGCCAUCACAGCUGCACCCUGCAGACACUGGGGCUCAGUAUAUCGACACUGAGCAAGGAUGCCCUGCAGGAGCUGGCUGCCCUGCGCGAGCUGAAGCCCAGCUUGAAGAUCACAGACCUGCUGGAACACGAGGCCCCAGAGACAGGGGCCAUGGAGCGGCUCAGCUUCCAGCGCAGCGUCAGGGCAGGCAGGGGGGCAGCUGGGCGGGGCCGAAAGGGGCUCCCAUCCCCUCUGACGGCCCCUCCCCACAGCGGGAGCCUGUGUUAGCUGAGCUGUGCCCUGCUCUUCCUGCUGCUGACAUCCCCCCCCGGUGCCAAAAGGCGAGUUUCCAAGCAGUUUAAAGGUUGAAUAAAGAAGGUGCGUUCACACU